AUCGAGAAGCAGUCUCAUCCAUCGUCCGCACAAAGGAAAACGCGAACCAAAAGCCCCUUCACGCCAAGGAUGUGGCCUUCCUCCUCACAGUGAACACAUCGCCCAUCACGUGUUCACCGCCCUGCUUGCGAAGCAUCUCGUGCCUCACGGAGACAGACCACUGACAUCCCGCCAGCUGCCUCAACCGCCCUUUCGACGUAUCUCCGACCGUGGCAGUAUCGGCCCGUCGAAGUCAGGCUGAAUCCACCGUCACCUGAAGUCGCGUCGCCGCUCUCAAUCGAGAAGAUGAGCAGCCCCCCCUCGCGCAGCAGAGGAGAGAUGCACUCGAAGAGGCUUCCAAGGUUGCCGAUAUACACACACAUCGCAGGCCACGAUGAGGUGGAAGGACGGGGGCAGAGGGGGCCGCACAGCCGCAGCGGGGAGACAGAUGUCGACGUCUGGCCACCUUUUGAGCACCUGCAGAGCGGCAGAGACGGAAACAGUAGGUGUGUUCUGCACAGGUCGUCGAAUGCCCCUAAUCUGCUUACCUCGACUAUGUCGCCAUGGAUGAGCGCGUCAUACCCCCCCUUAGCAUCCGCCUCACGCAGCAUCUUCUCCGACAGGUCCACAUCCACAAGAGUCAGGCGCGAUGCGCCCAGGCACUCCAUCAUGUCACUGCUCCUCAGUGCCCGACAAGCAAGCCCAGCGCCACAGCCAAGAUCGAGAACGUCCAGAGGCUCAGGUGGCGAUAGCAGGGGGCCAUUCUCACGCAGCACUUGGCACACGAGCUGAGGUGUCUGAUAGUGCAGCUUGCCCACCAGGUGUGACUCGAACGAAUGCGCGUAGCCGUCAAACAGCUUCUGCACGUACGAUGACGGCGCCUUGUCGACCCCAUCCGCCUCGCCAGAAGAGAACGCCAGCCAAUAACUCGCGCACUCAUUGGUGGGGUCCAGCUCGACAGCCCUCCUGAGGUAUGUCACGGCUUUGGCAGACCUCUUGUCGUCACGCAAGAGCACCUUGGCAGCGUAGAACGGCCAAGACGGAUUGUCUGGACAUUCGGCCAU